GGAGCAAACUUAACGGGAGGAGCUGCCUUUACCACAGAGCUGUUGCAGGGUAGUGCCGGGAACUUCCCGCAGCGGUUUCAGACCCCGAGGAGCCUGCUCUGUGCAUCAGCAGCAGCGUGCCCGGAGCGGCUCAGUGUGCUGCCAUCCUUUGGGUUUCUUUUUGACAUCGAUGGUGUGCUGGUGCGAGGGAAGACUCCAAUUCCUGCUUUAAAAACAGCCUUUCAGAAGCUAGUGAACUCUCAGGGACAAUUCGUGGUGCCUGUGGUGUUUGUCACCAAUGCAGGGAAUUGCCUUCGCCAGGAAAAAGCUGGUCAGUUGUCACAGCUACUGGGAGUUCCAAUUUCCCAGGACCAAGUGAUGAUGUCACACAGUCCUCUGCGGAUGUUCAAACGGUACCAUGACAAAUGUGUUCUUGUGUCGGGACAAGGGCCUCUUCUUGAUAUUGCUCAAGACCUUGGUUUCUGUCAACCUAUUACCAUUGAAACACUGCGGGAGAAACACCCUUUGCUGGAUGUAGUUGACCAUGACAGAAGACCUGAUGUUCUGUACCCCUCUGCUGUGGAGCUUCCCAAGAUUGAGGCUGUUAUUUUGUUUGGGGAACCAGUCAAAUGGGAGACCAACCUUCAGUUGAUAAUAGAUGUUUUGCUGACAAGUGGCUACCCUGGAAAUCCGUAUCACCGUGAAAAUUACCCCCACAUUCCCGUGCUUGCCUGUAACAUGGAUCUGAUGUGGGUAGCUGAAGCACAGUCUCCAAGGUUUGGGCAUGGAACAUUCAUGGUUUGUUUGGAAAACAUUUACAAGAAGAUCACUGGCAAAGAUCUGAAAUACGAGGCCCUCAUGGGCAAACCCAGUAAAGUGACCUACCAGUAUGCGGAAUACCUCAUCCGGGCCCAGGCAGCAGAAAGGCAGUGGCAGCAUCCCAUUCUCACCCUGUAUGCUGUCGGAGAUAAUCUCAUGACUGAUGUCUAUGGUGCUAACCUUUACAAUCGCUAUCUUGAAGAGAACUCCAGACAAGGUUCAAAAUCCCGGGUUCAGGCCAAAGUUGCUGGUGGCAGAGGACCUGCCGCGCUCUCUCAGGAUGAUGAGCUAGACAACGGUUGGGAGAAUGAGUUAGCGUCUGCAGCUGCUGCCCACUGUAGGUCAGUUCUUGUUUGCACCGGGGUUUACAACCCGCACACCGAGGCGCCCUUGGACACCAGGGCGAGCAUCACUGAAACAGUGUUCCAUGGCCACAGAGAUUUCAGAUUUGAGCCUGGUUUAGUAGAACCAGAUCAUAUCGUACCAGACGUUGAUGCUGCUGUAGACCUGGUCUUCCAGUUGGAGAACUUUGCACCUAAUCGAAAUGACACGAUUUCUUAA